GCUUCGGUUCCAGUGCGGUGGAUCAAAUGCUGGACGCAGAGAACAAGCGGAUGGCAGAAAACCUGUCGAGUAAAGUGUCUCGACUCAAAUCGAUUGCUCUGGAUAUCGAUAAGGAGGCGGACGAUCAAAAUAGGUACCUCGAUGGCAUGGAUUCGGAUUUUAUGAGCGCGACUGGACUGUUGACCGGAAGCGUCAAGCGUUUCUCCACGAUGGUGAAGUCCGGCCGGGAUAACAGGAAGCUGCUGUGCUACGUCUCUAUCGGGCUGGUGGGCCUCUUCUUCAUUUUGUACUACAUGCUCACAAGGGCGCGGACUUGAGGGGCUUUGAAUCGCACAGUGUAUCGCGAGAGAAAGCGCAGGAACUGCUGAUUCUAUCUUCUCUGUUCACCAAGAAGACCUGCCUGGUGUCCUUUGGAAGAGGUGUUGAGAACUCCCGACUGUCCUUUUUCUAUGCCAAAGUCUUUUGACGUUCCUUUCUGAAGGGUUUUAAUUGAACUGGAAUAUGAAGGUAAUGAAGCACUUUAUGGGUCCAGUGAGAGCACAUGACCGUAUAAUGAUACUAGUGUGCUCGUGAGCUGUGGCACGCACCGCGUUAGGACAUUAACACCAACUGUGUUCUUUGUACAAUUAUAGCUGCAUUAGGACAUCAGCCCAAUCUAUUAAAAUGUAUGUCGCUUGCAAGCCAUUAAUGUCAUGAAUUGGGGAGAGCGGCCUGGAUUGCUGUCAGUCUUCAACAACAACAACUUGCAUUUAUAAUGCGCACUUCACACAGGGCAGCGUCCCAGAGUCUUCAGUGAACAGAACGUGCAUAAUUGUCUACAUAAUUGUAGCAAACUAUUGAAAUAUGACCACAAAUGUUUUUAUAUAUAUAUCUAUAUAGAUAUAUAUAUAGUAAACUCCUGAUAACUCAACCCGGCUUAACUUGUCACCACCACUUAAAUCAUUAUGCAGUCAAUAUCCCAGCUGCAUUUAUUAAUGUAUUUAUACAUAUGCCACUCCAAAUAACUCAUCUGAGCCCUUUUCCUUUGAGUGAAGAGUUAUAAUAAUAAUAAAAACAAUGAUUGUCCAUAAAUGGUGAGGGGGUCAAGGGGAGGAAUAAAUAAACCAGAGAUUGUUAAAUAAGCACC